AUGAUACCUCAGAAACGUAAAUCCGCGAGCAUCACCUACCACGUCUUCUACAACCAUCCGGAAGAUACUGUGGCGAUCCGUUCGAACGAUAACAUACUAUUCAAGACUAAUCGAGGACGUCUCGUGAGAGCGAGUACCUUCUUCUCUGACAUGUUCGAUGUCUGUGGUUCAUCCACUUUCCCUAACAACGAUGACCAUCCUAUCGAUCUUCAGUUUUCGGCUAAAGUGAUCACAGCUUAUCUCGAUAUUAUCAGUGUUUCCGGAUCACAUCAGCUCGAAGUCGACUAUUACCUACUUAAACAAGUCUACGAGCUAUUUUCAUUUACCAUAUCAACCAAAGCUUUGAAUACAAUACGAAAGAUGCUAGUCAUAUCAGCAGGUUAUAAAGAAGUGAAUGAACGUUGGGAUCUUUUCGAUUUCGCUUCGGAUUUCAACGAUGUCAAACUCGCUCAAAUAACUUUCAGUCUCCUUACUCCCUCUGCGGUAUCGGAAGUUCUCCGUGGAGAACAUAGAGUUCUCACAGGUAUAGAUCCGAAAGACGAACGAGGUAACCUCCUUAUGUGGUCAAAGAGAUUACGACCUUCUUGGCAGAUUGCUUUGUUCCAUGCUCUCAUCCAAAGCGAUCGAGCUGUUACCACCAGAAUGUCGAUGGUCAGGAAUGGUCGAUCGUCAAGAGAUGUCGCCUGUGAAUCCACGAAGGAUCAAAUUAUCUCCAUCCAAAAAGAUUGGACAAAGAUGGGAGAUAGAUUCAACCCAAGGGAAUUCGAAUAA